AUGUGAUCCUGUCAAUCGGAUCGUACAUUUCCGUGAAUUAACGUCGUUUAGUUAGUGCUUGGUUGGGUUGUCACCUAAUUCCAACAUUUUACAUCAAAAUUUUAAGUAUAUAUUAAUUCCAUAAACCUACUGAUCAAUAAAAAAUAAUAAAAUGCUUUCUAGAGUUGCAAUAUUGUCGGGGCAAACCUCAAAAUCCCUUCUUGCAACCUGUUUAAGGGCUACAAGUACGUCUGCGGUUAACACUCAAGUUGCUAAAACCGAUGAAAAAUCAAGUGAAGUUACAUUUUCUAGACCUGUGAGACAGGAACCAGGAAAAGUACGAAUGGGAUUUGUACCAGAAGAAUGGUUUCAAUUCUUUUACAAAAAAACUGGUGUUACAGGACCCUACACAUUUGCUUUUACUCUAUCCACUUAUUUGGUCAGUAAGGAGAUCUACGUUUUGGAACAUGAAUUCUACAAUGGACUUUCUUUCUUAAUCAUGUGGGUUGUUGGUAUUAAAAUGUUUGGACCAAAAUUGGCAGCAUAUUUAGAUAAAGAAGUUGAUGAAUAUGAAAAAGCUUGGAACCAGAGCCGGGUGGACCAGAAAGAAGCACUCAGUGAACAAAUUGCAGAUGAAGAAAAAGCUCAGUGGAGUAUGGAAGGUCAAAAUAUACUAGUUGAAGCUAAACGUGAGAAUGUAGCUCUUCAAUUAGAGGCCAAUUACCGUGAUCGUAUCAUGAAUGUAUAUUACGAAGUCAAGAAACGUUUGGACUACCAAGUUGAGAAACAAAACAUUGAACGCAGAAUUACUCAAAAGAAUCUUGUGGAUUAUGUAGUAGCAAAAGUCAUGUCGUCAAUCACUCCCGAUCAAGAAAAACAGAAUAUUAAUAAAUGUAUCAGUGAUUUAGCUUUGUUAAGUAAGGCUUAAAUAUGGAUAAACUUAUUUUGUACAGUUUUUAAGUAAGAGAAAAGUGUAGCAUACCAUCUUUUAAUUCUUAUUUUUUGUUAUUAAUCUUGCAUUAUACACUGUAAAACAUAAUAAAUUAUUCAGAGAAUUAA